UUUUCAGCUUCGGAUAGAGUCCAAAGACCAAACCAUGGGGGCGCUACCUACUUGGUACAGUGGCACGUGUCUUGGGCUUGUCGAUCUAGUCGAGUCGUGUCGAUCUAGUGUACAUGUACAUGUAAGUUCAAGCAAGUAAUUUACAAUCUACAUUUCUAAACUUCAGGUCCUAACUCAGUCAUGUUAGAAACAGUAGUCCGCGUUUGGGUUGGCAUUGUAGGUCUGACGGCUUUAGUCACUUCGCUGCAAUGUUUCGUGGACAGCUCCUUCCUAGCAGAAAGGAUUUACACACUGGAAAAGGAUGCAGUCACCCCAGCCUUAGGCAGACUGUUUGGCACCUGGACUUGUCUUGCUGGUGUUGUCCGAGCGAUGUGCGCCCUGAACAUCAAUAGCAAACCGUUAUACAUAGCUACAUUGUUUUCCUUUGUGCUAGCCCUUGCCUAUUUUGCUGCCGAGUUCCUCAUAUUCAAGACGGCUGCCCUUACAGUUGGAGUAAUAUCACCUCUCAUCGUGGCAGGUGGUUCAACAGUCCUGAUGCUAAUCGCCUACCCAGGAAUAUUCAACAAGCAGGACAUGUCAGCAGAAUCGACCAAACCUCAAUCAAAGAAACAUUGAUUUCACAUUUAUUUUCGAUCAAAUUUGAAACUUUGAUUAAAAACCAGAUUUAAAAGGUGCUUUCGAUUUUAGAAAUGUGUUUAUCUCCAAAAGCACACUUUUUGAAAGUACUUUAAGCCACAGUACAAAAUUGUUCCUUAGGCCGUAGACAGAGCUCGGAUUUGCAAUAUUGAAUGACCUUUUUUUUUUUUUUAAAGGGGAGAUUUUAAGGGUAUUUUGUAUGUGAUAAAUUAUUGAGAUGAAACUUAAUAAGGAGACGGGGUAGGUUAACCUCUUUGAAUUUUGGACAGUCGUAGUUGUGCAAUAUAAUUAUAUUCACUGAAAAUAAUUCUUAACUUGGGAAUUUUUGAGUAACUUCAACUUGGCCACGAGCAGUGUUGUAUUCGAGUCCCUGUUUGGACAUUUCUCCGUGAACAAAAUAAAAAAUCCGAAAUACAUGUAUACGUUUUGUCAUGGAAACUUUCCAGUUCAAUGUGAUACCUGUACUUGGGAACGCUGUGUAAGAAAUAACGAGAGCAUUAGCGCUGAAGCUCCUUAAAGAGGUUGUGGAAUGCUCGAAGACAUUUCCGUCAUUUUUCGGGUAUAUGUAGCCUAAGGUGU